GGAGAUAGGGGAACUGGAAGAGGCAGGCGGCAACCGAAAGAGGGAGAGAGAGGGGAGGCCCAGUAAACCGAGGAGGAGUAGGCAGGAAGGAAAGGAAGUCCCCGGCAGAGGAGGGACCUGGAGGAGUGGACGGAACAGGGAGCCAAGAGCCAGAGAGGAAGGGAGGCGUUUACCCUGGGAGGGAGGAGGGAGGAGAGGAGGUCCUUAGCUCUCCCUGGUAUCUUCCCUUCCUGCCUCCUGCCUUACGAGCCAGAGAGGGAGAGGCACAGACACAGGCAGAAGCUGAGGGAGCCCGGAGCGUGGCGGAGGCGUGGAGGGAAAGGAGCAGCCGGGCGGUGGGCAAGCAAAGCAAGGCCAAGGGUCCGUGGCCAUGGCAUCUAUGGCGGCGGCGAUCGCAGCUUCACGCACCUCGGUCAUGAACGGGAACCGGCCGCUGGACGACAAGGAGCGGAAGCGCUUUACCUACUUCUCUUCGUUGAGCCCCAUGGCCAGGAAGAUCAUGCAAGACAAGGAGAAGAUCCGCGAGAAGUACGGGCCCGAGUGGGAGCGACUGCCCCCCAAACAGCAGGACGAAAUCAUCGACAAGUGCAUGGUCGAGCCCCACAUCCAGGCCCGCUACGCCGCGCACCGCGCCGCUGGGGCCUCGCGGGACCAGCCCCCCUCCUGCUACCCUAACCUGCGGGUGGCCACGGGCCAGAAGGUCGUGCACUUUGGGGACGAGGAUAUAACUUGGCAGGAUGAACACUCUGCCCCUUUCUCCUGGGAAACAAGGAGUCAAAUGGAUUUCAGCAUUGCCUCUUUGUCCAUCCAAGAGCCAAGUGGCACAACCCAGAAUGAACCAAGGCAACUAUCCAAAGUCCCCCAGGGUGCCCAGGCCCCCAAAUCUUCUCAGGGAAACAAAACAUCAAGCAUGGAUGGCCUAGGGCCCAUCUGGAAGGAGGAGGAAUCUUCUUUCUGGAAGAUAAAUGCAGAACGCUCCCGAGUGGAAGGACAAGAAUCAGAUUUCCAGUCACUGACCCCUAGCCAGAUCAAGUCCAUGGAGAAGGGGGAAAAGGUCCCCUCAGGCCAUUACCGACAAGAAUCAGUCCCAAAGGACAAGGAGGUGGCCAAAGGAGAAAAACUCAGUGGCUCUUGGCAAGAGAAAUAUACAGUUUCCAACCCGAAUGCUGAGAAAGAAAAAGCCCGGUCUGGCGAGUCAUCAGUCACCUUGCUGGAUGAUGGCUUCCUCUCUGAGCCCAUGGCGAAGCUGUCUUAUUCUGGCACCAAAACAGAGGAUGCAGAAGAUGCUUUAAUCUCAGAGUCCAAGCCAUCACAGCUCAAUACAAGUAAUGUCAUCUUAAAGACGGGAUUUGAUUUUCUGGACAACUGGUAAAAUGAAAACAAAAUCAAGUACCCCAAAACUUUUUUUUCCCCAAAGCAUUGUGGUGGAGAAGAAGGAUAAAGAAAAAGACAACUUUUCCCCAGGUGUCUUUCAAUUUUCCUAGCUUUUGUGUGCUUUUUUCUUAAUAAUUCAAAACUAUUCAAUUGUUGCCUUGUCUAGAUGUUACCAUUUGUUAUAAGAUCAGGCACAUUUUGAUAUUCUUUUUGGUGUUCAAUAAUGACAGUUUUAAAUUUAAGAUUUUUUAAGGUCUGCUACAAGCUGAUUAAAUAUUGUAGGGGAAUCUUCUAUUUUGAGCUCCACCAAAUUCUGUUCUCCUCACCUCUAUUCCUCUCCUCCCCUCCCCAAAAAAUUUAUUUGUGAAUAUUACAUGUAGAAAAACUACAAAAAUAGACUGUCUUCUUCUACAGCCUUUUUUAUUUAAGAGAUCAACUCUUUUAUUUACAGUGGUCUUCUUGGCUAAAAUGGCUCUGACAUCUCAGGAGCAAUCAUGCCAAGAUGUACCUCUCUUCAAAUAGCUCACCAGACACUGCCAACCUGUGCAGGUGAUCUUGCCCUCAGUCAACAACUCCUUUGUUGGUACUGGCCUUGAUCCACCUGUCAGACCUAGAAACCAGUGCAUUGGUACCAGUCAAAGAAAAUAAGGUUGAUAUCAUGCUGCCCUAAUACAGAUCAAUAUCUUAGGGUUUUUUUUUAAUUGCAUGCUUUAAGUUUUGUAUUAAUCAUGUAUUAUUUCAUAUCUAGUUUAGCAGCUAUCAUUUACUUGAGUUUUGUACCAGUUUCUUCCUCAAAGACCUUUGUUCCUUAUGUGUCCCUGGUGAUUCCUUGUCUAGAUGGGAAUGUGGGAACUAUGUCACUCAUUGUUGGAUAAAGGGCUAUUCUGAUUGGUUGUCUUAGAACUCAGUGGGACACUGGUUGGUGAGCCAAGUUUCUCUGUUCUAAAAGAUUCAAAGACUGCUUAUUCCAACAAAUAGUCUGCCUUGCUAUGUGUUCGUCCCAGAAUACACCAGGCAUUCGUCCCCACCAUCAGCAGAAAUGGAGGUGAAAUGUCACCACUAACUUGUCCAUCCUGAAGAACCUUGGGAUUCUGUGAUAGCAAGGGACCUUCCUGGGGCUGGGACUGCCUAUACAGGACUUUCCUUGCUCACCAUACAACCACUAACUUUUGCUGGAGAACUCCAGUUCUGUUCAAUCAGCUUUCCACAUUAGAUAUGGCUCCCAUGGAAGGGGAGAUACACAUAGAGCCUUCUCUGUAAACUGUAACUGUGUUGUUGCCUUCAGCAUCUUCUGUCCCCAUGCAGGUGCUGGGUCAAAUUUGAAUGCAGGACGAUUUACAUACUGCCUCUCACUGUGUCCUCCUCACCUGAAGCCUUAA